UUGCCGCCAUUGCCGGAAGGAACCGAUGAGAAGAGGGAAGAAAGGGAAACAGUCAAGGUAGAUGAAGACAUAAGGCAUAGAAGAACACUGAAAAUGACGCCAUCCCACGAAUUUCUUUCAGGUCAUUGGGAACUAGUUUCUGAGGAUCCGUGUGGAUUGAACCAUGAAUGCAACCCUGGGAAGAAUGCCAAAGAGAGAAGCAAUAGACAUGAACUACAGAACGUUAGAAGCGAUCAGAAGUACGCUGAAAAGAGACCAGUUCAGAUCAACCUUGACAUGGUUGCAGCAGCGCUCAAUGCUGAAACGCCACAGUGUUCUCAGAAGACAUGGAGGACAACAUUCGUGCCGCAAUACAAAGAUCGGGAUAUCAAGCAAGGAGACGAGAUAAUAGCGAGGUCAAGACCAAAAAAUUUCCUCAUCGCAACCUCCAAUGCUCAUCUAAAGUUCAGGAGCGUGGCUAAGUGGACAAACAGGUCGGUAAGUAUGAAAGCUGUGCCAGAAGAAUAUCGCACUCUUCGAGAUGCUCUUUAUAUCUUCAGCACCACGAGCCUGAAUUUCACAUCUAUUAUUCUACGGCCCCAUCCAGGUAACAAUUCACGCUUAUGCAAGAACCCUUUGAAUAACUCCAGUUCAGCGAUCUUUUUUCGCCUUUACAGAAGGCUUGCGAGAACGGUCUACACUGUAUAG